AUCAUAUCUAGCCAAAAAAAAAAGUAGAAUCCAAGCAAAAAUCAAGAAGGCUUAUUCCUUUUCUCUGUUGUUAUUGCAUGAUGACUGAUCCUUGUUACCCUAAUGGCCCUCAAAAUGUCCCACCAAUAUAUGGAGCUUCUCAACAAGUAAUGAACCCCAAUUCUUCAUCAUCUCCAUCCACAAAUCAAACCUCCUUUCUCUACAAUCUAUCCCUUCUCAAAGACAAAGUCCACGAGAUGCAAUCCCUAGCCUCCAUCUUCAGCCACCACCCCGAGUCACCAAUCGUCGCAUCAACAAUGGGCACCUUAAUCCAAGAGAUCAUCGUCACCGCCUCUUCAAUGAUGUUCGCCUGCCAGCAGAUGUCCCUCGCCGCCGCACCUUCUCCGGCAACCGCCUUCGACGUGGACAACAAGACCACUGCCGCAACGGAAACGCUCUUCGUCAAUCCACACGGUGACGAUACUUGGUAUGGUGAUGUCGCUAUGGGCAGAAAUGGCGAUUACACCACCAUCGAAUUGCCGGUGAAAACGGAAGGAGAGGCGGCGGAGGGGGAGAGGAGUUACGAGCUGAUCGAGGUGGAGGCGGCAGAUCUGCUGGCGAAAUACACGCACUACUGCAAGGUGUGCGGCAAAGGGUUCAAGCGCGACGCCAACCUGCGAAUGCACAUGCGCGCGCACGGGGACGAGUACAAGUCGAGCGCGGCGCUGAGCAACCCGGCGAAGAAUAAGGGGGAGGAGACGGGGACGGGGACGAGGAAGUACUCGUGCCCCCAGGAAGGGUGCCGGUGGAACAAGAGGCACGCGAGGUUUCAGCCGCUGAAGUCGAUGAUAUGCGUUAAGAAUCACUACAAGAGGACUCAUUGCCCCAAGAUGUACGUCUGCAAGAGAUGCAACGCUAAGCAUUUCUCGGUGCUCUCCGAUUUGAGGACGCAUGAGAAGCACUGCGGUGACCUCAAGUGGCUAUGCUCCUGCGGCACCACCUUCUCGCGAAAGGAUAAGCUCAUCGGCCACGUUUCGUUGUUUCUCGGCCACACGCCCGUCACCGCCCUCACUUGAUCUGUCGAAUGUAGUAAGUGUAAAAGAAGUCUAUGUUGCUUGCAAUUGCAUUGCAUGAUGUCUGUUUAGAAUUCUUUAACACUUGACACAUUGAGCCAAUGUUAUGUAUAAAUUGUGUUACAUUAUACUAGUAGUUCAUGUCACAUAGUAUAGUAGCUUGAGAAUAACAAACACAAAAUAAGAGUGGAUUUUAUUCAAAAAUCAGUAUCAAGGUA